AUGCUGACAGUCUUCAGCGGCGUGGGUGUCAUUGGCAAUGCCAUCGUCUUCUACAUCUUCUGUGGUCGUCGGUCUACAUCCACCUCCGUCGUCUUCAUUCUGGCUUUGGCAGGUGUGGACUUCUUCGCCUGUCUGGUGGCGAUCCCUUACACGAUCGUCUUUGAACAUGUGAGAUACAACCUGGUCUACGACGGGGCCUGCAAGCUGUACAUGUUUCUCAUUACCUCAAUCCAACCCUUCUCUGCUUACAUCAUGAUGGGCAUCGCCCUCGACAGGUACUUCUGCAUCUGCCACCCGUUUCUAUACGUUUUCACAGUUCCACGAGCUAAAGCUGUGGUCCUCUGCAUGGCCAUCCCAGCGUUGAUCUUCGGUGUGAUCACAGCUCUGAGCCACGGGAUGUACAUUUACGAAGUCAGUAUCCUGAACGAGAACAACACUAGAAUUGUGCUCAAUCAGUUUAUUGAUAAAGAAGAAGCUGAGGCGUUUGUGGCGUUAAGGAAUAUCUCCAGCGAACAUCCUCUCAUCAGAUUCAUCCACUAUCAUCAGUGCGUCAACAAUACCUAUAUUUUCAGCCGAGAGUUUCUCAACAUUUACAAAAAAUUCCACGCCAUGAAUUUUGUCCUGGCCUACAUAGUCUCCAUUUUCACACGAAGGGUGAAGAAAGCUAAGCGGAAGAAAAGCAAUCUGUACCCGACAUCAAGCAAUAAGACAAGGGAUAACACUGCGGAAGAAACGCAGAUGACAGCAAUCAACGGAUGUAGCAGCAGCAAUACCAAGUCCUUGAAUAACCAGACCAGAAAAGAUGCUAAAUAUGCUCGGAAAAUUACCCUGACGGCAAGAAAUGACCCUUCAACGACGAUAACGGACACACAAACAGGCAGUUUAAAAAGGAAACGCCCUGGCACGUUUAAGGAUCGCAAUUUAAUGGCAAACAUUAAGACAGCAUUUAUGUUAUUCAUCGUCACGCUUGUAUUCAUUAUUGCCUACCUACCUCUCAUUGGUUUUUACGUCUACUUUGUCUACAAUGUGGCAAAUCCUUUCAUUUACGCUUUCAUGAACCAGACAUUCCGAGAAGAUCUGAAGAAGAUGAUGAAGGUCUGUAAAAGAUAA